CUUUUCCCCACGUCCAAUCAUUGCCCACCAGCGUUGCACAGACGCAAGUCACUUCAAACAACCGUGUCCUACAAGUGCCUCGCUGCCUCUUCUGACACGUUUGCAAGCCGAGUCCACUCGCAGUCACACCCAUACUCAAGCAAAGUACCACUAAAGCCCUUUCAAAUUCCGAAAGGUGGCAAAGUAAUAACAGUGCCAAAUACCGAGUGCUCUUUCAUUCUCUGAAGCUUAAACAACAAGGUCCAUGUUUAUGUUGUUGUUGUUGAUUUUUGUAAAAAGAAAACAACAUUUACUUUUUGAUAAAACUGAGGUUUUUUCUUUAUUCUUUGGUAUAUUCCAGAGUCAACUUUACUGCCUUUCCCUUCUGUUUAAUUAAGGUGUCAUUCUCUGAUGGUUGACUCAAGGAUAUGCCAGCAUUUGAUGGAUAGUGAUAUUAAAAGUCAGGUUUCUUCAAAAGGGUUUUGUGGUGGAUCAUAUUGCAAAGGAAAAUAGAAGAAUCUUGCAGGAUCCACACUGCUGCUCUGCUUGUGCAAGUUUUAAGUUUUCAUGGAGUACAAAUCAGAUGAAACUUCUUAUGGUGGCUGUUCUUUGAAUGCACCAGAUAAGAUUGAAAAUGCAAUAAAGAAUGAAGUAUCUGAAUUAAAUCGGUGUGAGAUGGAUGGAAAAGAUAUUCAAAAUCCGGUUUUAAGUCCUCCUGGAGAUCUUGUACAAGUUAACUUGGCUGAUGGGAAAGUUGUAGAAAAUGUUGUGAGAGAUGCACCUCUAGAGGAGAUGGAGAUUUCUGGGGAAAUUAACAUGGAGGCCUACAUUACAACUGAUGAUGUUAUGCGGGCUGGAGGCUUUGGUGCUAGAGAUGAUAUAGGUUGCUUUCUUCCUGUUGCUAGUGAUUUUACCGACUUUGAAGCUACUAUCCGUGAUGCCCGAGACUAUGAAGAACCACAGGGGGAGAUAUGCAGAUCAGGUCUUGGAUGGACAGAAGGUACGAAAGCAGAGUAGCUUUGUUGUUACCACUAUGUUCAAGUUGUUGCAUUUGACUUUAUCAUACUCCGUAGGAUUAUGUGGUAUGCUCACAUUUUAGUGUAUGAUCUGGGUUUAUUUUAUAGAGAAAUUUCAUCUUUCUGUUAGCA